UGUACCUUAAAACUAGUACAAUGUUUUCCUUAUUCUCUCUCCUUCACCAGGGGAGUUUCUACAUCACAACUAUGGCUUCUCUCACUCCUCUUCUUCCAUUUCUUUUCCCUUUUCUGGCAACUUCUUUUGUCACAGUUUUUUCCUUUCAGGUCUCAAUCAAACCUACAAAUUUGUCUCCUUUAAGUUGCUCUGACAAGAUCCUAACAUGUAAUGCCUCCCUCUACCACAUAUCCCAUAAUCUCACCAUUCAGCAAAUUGCCUCUUUUUACUCGGUUACUUCUUCCCAUGUCACACCUAUAAAACAUGGCACCAAAGAAGACUACCUCAUCACAGUACCUUGUUCAUGCAAACAUACGAGUGACCUUAGCGGAUAUUUCUAUGACACCACCUACAAAGUAAAGCUACAUGACACUUUUGUGAAUAUUUCAAACCUGGUUUUCAGUGGCCAAGCUUGGCCAGUUAAUGGUACAUUGCAUCCAGAUGAGAAUUUAGCAAUACACCUUCCAUGUGGGUGCUCAGAAAGUGACUCUCAAAUUGUUGUCACCUAUACAGUUCAGCCAGAUGAUACACCAACAGUGAUUGCUAAUCUGCUAAAUGCUUCACUGGUUGACAUGAUGAGCAUGAACAAGGUUUUGGCUCCGAACUUUAACUUCAUAGAUGUUGGUUGGGUUCUGUUUGUUCCCAAGGGAUCCAAAGGGCUAUUACCGGGUACUGCUGCUAAACUUAAGUGGACAACAACAAUAAUUGGUAUCUUAGCGGGAGUGACAUUCCUUUCGGUUACUACAACCAUCAUUCUCAUUGUCAGGGUAAAUAAAGUUAAUCAAAUGAUCGGUGAAGAUUCACACCUUAUCUCCAGAAGAUCAAUGGCCAAUAGAACUAUUUCCUCAAAGUUUAACUUUCAAAAGGAAUCUAUAGAAGAUGUAAUUUCAUUAGAAUCAGAAAGACCAAUAGUAUACAACCUUGAGGAGAUUGAAGAGGCUACGAAUAACUUUGAUGAAAGUAGAAAAAUAGGAAGUGGUGGAUACGGAAGUGUUUAUUUUGGAGUGUUAGGGAACAAGGAAGUUGCUGUGAAGAAAAUGAGGUCCAAUAAAUCUAAAGAGUUCUAUGCAGAACUCAAGGUCUUAUGUAAGAUCCACCAUAUCAACAUUGUGGAGCUAUUGGGAUAUGCAAACGGAGAAGAUGACCUCUAUUUGGUGUAUGAGUACGUUCCAAAUGGAUCUCUCAGUAAUCAUCUUCAUAAUCCAUUACUGAAAGGGAACCAGCCUCUUUCUUGGAGUGUUAGGGUUCAAAUUGCACUGGAUGCUGCAAAAGGUCUUGAAUAUAUACAUGAUUAUACAAAAGCACGAUAUGUGCACCGUGACAUAAAGAGUAGCAAUAUUCUACUUGAUGACAAAUUCAGAGCAAAGGUGGGAGAUUUUGGACUUGCAAAGCUUGUAGACAGAACCGAUGAUGAAAAUUUUAUAACAACCAGACUUGUAGGAACACCAGGCUACCUUCCACCAGAGUCUCUGAAGGAGCUUCAAGUGACCCCAAAAACCGAUGUUUUUGCGUUUGGAGUGGUGCUUUCAGAGCUGUUAACAGGGAAACGAGCAUUAUUCCGAGAAAGCCAAGAAGAGAUUAAAAUGAAAUCACUCAUUAGUGUUGUUAAUACAAUAUUCCAAGAUGAUGAACCAGAGAUUGCCUUAGAAGAUGCCAUAGAUAAGAAUCUGGAAGCAAGCUAUCGGAUGGAAGAUGUCUACAAGAUGGCAGAAAUAGCUGAGUGGUGCUUGCAAGAAGAUCCAAUAGAGAGGCCUGAAAUGAGGGAUAUAAUUGGGGCACUGUCUCAGAUUGUGAUGUCCUCAAUAGAGUGGGAAGCAUCCCUGUGUGGAAAUAGCCAGGUCUUCAGCGGGCUGUACAGUGGAAGAUGAAGAUGAAAAUGAAGAUGAACAUUAGGGUUUACAAUUAUUGCUUCAACUCUAAGAGAAGAGUUGAAUAAAACUUUUCUAAAAGUUUUUCCCAACAAUAUUUAGUAGAUGAGUAUAUGAAAGUUGUCCAAUAGUUUUAG